AUGUCCCUAAAACCAUUUGUUUCUAACCAUCCCCUCCUGCCGUGGCGUGUGUUCCCUUUGCAGAGUGCGCUAAGGACUGCGAGGAACCUGCGGAGGCCUCCGCACCUCGUGGUGCUGCAGUGGAUCGCGGAGGCGUGGGAUCAAGUCCCGAAGAAGGUCAUCAUUGACGCGUUCCGGCACUGUGGGAUUUCAAGCAAGUUGGACGGGACGGAGAACCACCUGGUGAUGUCUCACCUGCGCGCCAGAAGCACCACCAAUGUCUCCGAGGACAUGUGCCUCGGGGGAACCACGGGCGACAACACACGCCUGCUUGGGCAGGCUCCAGAGGAGGAGGAGGAGGAGGAGGAGGAGGAGGAGGAGGAGGAGGAGGAGGAGGAGGAGGAGGAGGAGGAGUAG